AUGAGACCCGUCGAUGUGACUCCCGCAAUCGCCGAUAAACUUUUUUUAAACACGGUAUACAGUAAUGUAAAGAUAGCCGCUCCCGCGAAAUUUAAACCGAACGAUCCGGUACGCGUCAGCAAAUUCAAAACGAUCUUCGAGAAAGGUUUCACGCCCAAUUGGACCACCGAGAUAUUUCGAAUAACCAAGGAGGAUUCUACGAACACGAGUUGCUUCGUCUUCGACCCCGACGUAUAUCUCAUAGAGAAGGUGCUGCGUCGAAGGGGCGACGAGGUUUACGUGAAAUGGUUGGAGAUGGAUGAAACGCACAAUUCCUGGACAAACAAAGCAGCCGUGUUACGAUAA